AUGAAGCCGUCCAUAGACGUGGAGUCGCUACGCUCGGAGCAUGAAUCUGACGAGCAGUGGGAGGUGCGUCGCAGCUUCAUGAUGGAGCAUAAAGACAACUUCGACGAGGAGGAGCUGGUGACACUGGCACAGCUGUUCACCAACAUCGAGUUCCUGGGCUGCAGGUACCCAGCACCAACAAUGAAGAGAAUCGCGAAAUUAGCAGAGAAAGUCUCCCAGAAAUACAAGGAAAGCCGUCGAAAUAAACUCAAGAGGACUUUUGUUCAAGCAAGCGAUGCAGCAGAACAGAAGGCGAAGAGAAGUUUCAAG